AUGGGUACUACUGAUGAUCUUUGCCAAGCUUUGCAACGUAAAUCCCAAGAUAUAUUGAAUGCAAUGCAUCUAGUGUCAACUACAAAAGCACUUGUUCAAAAUUAUAGAGAAGAUGGAUGGAUUCCUUUGUUGGAGAAGGUUCAACUAUUUUGUGAAAAAUAUGACAUAGAUAUUCCUGAUAUGAGUGCUCGUUACACAUCUGGUAGAGGUCGUGCUUGUCACCAAAGAGAUCACAUUACUAUUGAGCAUCAUUUUCGGGUUGAUAUUUUUACAAUUAUAUGUGAUUCUCAAUUACAAGAAUUGAACAAAAGAUUCAAAGAAGAUGUGAUGGAGUUGCUUAUUCUUAGCUUUGCUUUAAAUCCUAGGGAUGAUUACAGUUCGUUCAAAAUUGAAGACAUAUGCAAGCUUGCAAAUCAAUUUUAUCCUAAUGACUUUACAGAGAAAGAAAAAAUACAUUUGAAAUUCCAAUUGCAAAACUACGAGAUUGACAUUCUUAAACAUCCUGAGUUUCAGUAG